CCUUCAUAUAUACUACUUCAUGGUCAGUUAGAAGAAGGAAAAGAGAGGUGAAGACUUUGAAGAUGGAAAUGACUGCAGUGCUUCCAUUUAUGGCGAUGAUAGUUCAGCAAUUAGCACAAGUUGGAUCGGUUGUGGCAGCUAAAGAGGCAAUGUCAACUGGGAUGACUACUUUCACUUUUACCUUCUAUUCAAGUGCCUUUUCAACUCUCCUUCUUAUUCCCCUUUCCUUCAUCCUCCAUAGAUCAGCUCUUCCACCUUUUUGGCCUACUUUUCUCUAUGGUUUUUUCUUGCUUGGCAUAAUAGGUUUCUUGAUGCUAGUACUUGGAUUUCUAGGACUUCAAUAUUCCUCUCCAUUACUUUCCACAGCAAUAUUGCAAUUAGUUCCAGGUUUCACCUUCAUUCUUGCCGUCAUUCUCAGGAUGGAAAACUUUGAGUACAAGAGUUUGAGCACAAUGGCUAAAUCUAUUGGGACAUUAGUAUCAAUAAUAGGUGCAGUUGUUGCAACUCUAUAUAAAGGCCCUCAAGUUUUUGGAAUUAGCUCUUUGAAUUCAAUAUUAACAAGUAACCCUUCUGCUUGGGUCAUUGGAGGUUUGCUUACAAUGAUUAGCUCACUAACUGCUUCUGUAUUUAUCAUUUCACAGGCAUUUGUCCUCAAGAAAUACCCUGCAGAGCUGGUUUUAAUGUUGUUUUAUAGCUGUUGUGUUACGAUUCUCUGUGUUGUUUUCUCUUUAAUUACUGAUAGAGACUUGAAUUCUUGGAGCUUAAGCCCUAAUAGAAGAUUACUAGCUCUCAUAUACUCGGGUUUAUUUGGACAUGUAUUCCAAGUGAGUAUAAGCUCAUGGUGUGUGAGGAAAAGAGGACCUCUCUUUGUUGUCAUGUUUCAUCCAAUAGGCAUUGUGAUUGCCAUGGCUGCCAGCAUAUUCAUGGGUGAACCUAUCCGUGUUGGAAGUUUGGUGGGAUCAGCCAUAAUUGUAGUUGGCUUUUAUUCAGUGAUAUGGGGAAAAGCUAAAGAAUGGAAAAUGGGAGACAAGAGCUUGGAAUCAAACAGCAACAAUAUGCCUUUAUUACAAAAUAAAGCUGAUGAUCUUGAAGUGAAUCCAUGAUACAAAAUCUUUGAAGGUUCAAACUAUGCUACUGGGCCUAAUGGAAGAUAUUUUGGGCUGGCCUAUUUUUGAACAAUUAGAUUGCAUAUUUAUGGAGCUCGAAAGAUUUCAUUCAGGGCCAUUUGCACUUUUUUCCUUGUUUUGUGCUGGUCUUUAAUUUUUGUCCCUCAAGACAAACAAUUUUUCGUGGGGAAUAAGUUUAUAUUUUCGCUUUAUAACAUCUAACAAGUUAUGCUGGA